ACCAAAUCAGCAAAACAGAUCUUCCAUGAAAGAUACCUGGAAAGGGAUUCUGUUUUCAGGUUGUACACUUUGCUGCUUUACAUACCCAGAAGGUUUUGGAGCUCUGACGCUGCAUCUUCGUUGUUGAAAGAUAUAUAAAGUUGAGAUUGGAUUGUUAUAUACAGAGGGUACAGUGUAUGGAGAGAAGGAGAGGAGGGAGGGAGGGAGAAAUGUUUGGAUUGAGAGAAGGGUCAUCUUGUUUUCCGCGGGUGCCGUUGGGAGUGAAUGUGGGUCUUGCUUGUGUUGAUGGCAUUAUAGCUGUUCUUGCUUUUACUCAGCUAAUACGGAUUCACUCAAGAAACUCACAACAUGGAUGGACUCGCCAAAAAGUAUUCCAUCUUUUGAUUGGCAUUACUAAUACAGGUUCCUUCAUAUAUUUUAUCUUGACCCUUAUUGCUGCCUGCAAGGCAUGGCUUUGCUGGUCCUUUUCAUGUGGUUUUGUAGCUAUGGCCUUGCCUGGAAUUCUAUUAUGUGCAGCAUUUCUUCUACUUUUGUCAUUCUGGGUUGAUCUCUGCCACCAGGCAACUGAUGAAGAGGAAGAUGAUGAAGAAAAGAGCUUUCUGGAAGCUUUGUUGGAAAAAUCAUUUAAUAGGCCAAGUUCAUCAACUGCUGAUAGUCGCAGGACAUGUCUUCCUUUCCGUUUAAUUCAUGUGGGAAGUCGUCAAAAAAUAGUGAUUUGGGUUACUGUUGUGCUAUUUCUUUUUAUGAUGACAUUUUCUGUGCUAAUAUGGAUUGGAAUGGGAAAGAAUUCCAUUGAUUCAUCCACAGUUGCACAGGUGUAUGUAGAUAUUUUUGCCGUAGCAAUGCUAAUAUUAGGGGGAGCUUUAGCAUGUUAUGGACUCCUCUUAUGCUUGAAAAUGAGGAAAGUUAGAUCUGAAAGAGCUUCUUCAGAUUUCUGGAAGGUUGCAGGGCUGGCCACCGUCUCUGUUUUAUGCUUCACUUCAAGUGCUUUUGUGGCUCUAUUUAGUAAUAUUCCGAUGCUUUAUCACUGGCGUGAUCUGUAUAUAGAUGGAGUUUAUACAUCUCUAUUACUGAUUUUGUAUUAUUUUAUAGGUUCUUCAGUACCCUCAGCAUUUUUAUUGUGGGUCAUGAGAGAAUUACCAGCCAUGCCAGUCACUAAUACUCGAGAAGAAUCAACAACAGUUACUUUCAUCCGUGAUCAUUCACCAGCAGUGCAUCAGCCUCAACGAUGGACUGCUGUAACAAGCUCACAGAAUCCGGUAUCAAGAGGUAGUCCCAUAUAAUUUCUCCCUAAUACAUAUUUAUGUCAUUCCAAAUACACAAAACGAGCUAGAGUUUGGAACAAUCUGAUCAAAGAUGGUUUCGGAACUUGGACUGGGGAUGGCCAGCAUUUACAAGCUAACAUUUCCCGGUUAGAGAAGUGGACAGAGAGGGGCAGUCAUCAGUUUCAACCGUAUGCUUUCCAUCACCAUGUUUCACCAAUUUUUAUUUUGGCUGGCGCUAAUUGAAGUGUAAGUAGGAACAAAAUGGUAAAUGAAUUAUUCUUUUUGUUAAUCUUUUGCUCUUCACCAUGCAUCCAUAAAAGGAUGUUGGUCAUGAAUUCUGAAAAUUUUAGUCACGAGAUAUCAAACCUAGUCAAUAUGACGUAA